AUGAAUAAUUUGAAAAGAGUUGGAAGGUAUGGUUGUUCAGUACGAUGUAAUGGGUUCAUACAUAAUUUGCGCCAUUUCGCUACAUCACCGAGUAUCGUCAACCAUACUUUAACCGACCAACCCUUUAGUGUACCAAAAGCAAGAAUACGGCCACAUAUAUUUACCGGGAAGAGCAAAAGAGAUGCCAUAAAGUACACGGAUUUGCCGAUAGAUACAUAUCCUAAUCCAUUGUUCAGCAUGAGUAAAGAAGAAAUCUUAGAAUUGAAUAGUCAAAGCUACUUACAUUUAUUAAAUGUACCAUAUAAAUCAAUAUCAGAGACAGAUAAAUUUUGUCUUAACAUAAUAGAAAUAGCUAAUGAGCUUAUAAUACUGGAUACUAAGAAAGUGACGAAGUUGUUGAUCAACAUCAAAGAUACAGAUAUGACAAGCAUAAUAACGAGUACCUUGAGAAAAUACUUUAUAAAUGAUAGAGUGAAAAGUUCGAUAUUAGAAUUUAUGGAUUCUCCUAUCAGUGGAAGCUUUCGUGAGGGGUUCUUUAACAAUAUAUCGCAUAUAUUAGAGUUGCAAGAUAAAUCUGACGAUCAAAAAUCUGAAAUUUUAUUAAGCUAUUUGAAUAAACUUGCGUUAGUAGGUAGUGUUAACAAAAAGCCACUAGUUCUUAACAAAGGAUUUUAUGAAAAAAUAAUCUCACUAAUUCCAGCAACACGCUAUGCAGAGUUUUAUUCAUAUUUGCUUAAUUUAAAUAUACAAACUUAUGCAACUCAGCAACUUGAUAACCUAAAAUAUAAAUUGAUAAUGGGAUCAAAUUUGGAGAAAUUUGUUGUUAGAACUGGUUGGAUGGAUUCAAAAUGGCAUGAUGUCCAAAGACCUACCUUUGAUAGUAUUCAUCAAGAAAAAAUGGUACAGUUUUUUUCGAUAAAGGACUUGAAAACCUUUGCUUUAUUUGCAAUUAAAAAGGAGGAUGUUGUCGAUGCUACCUUAUACUUGAAUUUGAUAGUAUCUAAAUUUGAAGGGAAAUGUAAGCAACGAAUGGAACCAGGCUUUAAUCAAAGACUGAUAGAGGCGACGUUACUGGAUGAUAUCCAGUCUGUUCUAAAUGUUAUACUUAACUAUAUUAUGGUAUUUAAAGGUUCUCAAAGCUGUAUUAAAGUAUUAAAGUAUAUGGUUAAAAAUCAUUUGGAUGUUAAAUUUGAGAAUCUUUUAACUAUAAUGAUCAACUUACGGGCUCAAGGCUACUACCAAGAAGCACUCCUACUUAUGAAUAACAUUCACUUGAAAAGUUUAAACAAUACCCAGUUGUUGCAUUUAAUAGAGGAAAUCUUACAAUUAAUUAAAGAAAAAUAUCCUACAUCACCAAAAAUUCUCAUUGGUUAUGUUACUUCGAUGUUUAGCGGAAAUCAAAAAAGCAUUGAAGAUAAUCUGGGUCUUACACUUUUAGACGACCUUAAUUUGCUUUCAGUUGUGUAUUCCGGAGGAGAAAUAGGUAAACUUUCACAAUCAUUAUCUAUAGUUCAAAAAGCGAAUGUUGACAAUAGCUUAACAGGUUUUGAAUUUACGCCUAACGGAUUAACACAAGUAUAUGGAAUUAUAUUAAAUUCGCUCCCCAAUUCUCAAAUAACUCCUGACUACAUUUUUAAAUUAUAUGUGACAUAUAUACUGAAGCUAAUGGCCUCAAGAGAUUCUACAACGAUCGGAGAAGGAGCAAAUCAGCAGCAUGUUUUCCAUGAAAAUAAUUUGAACGAUCACAUUAUUACCUUAUUCAUGAAAUAUCUAUUAAAGUUGAACCCCAACUCAGCAGACAUGGAAUUGGUAACCACUGAAACUAACUUCGAAACAGCUAAAGCCAUCAUAACUGAUUUUCUUACCAAUGUUGAAAUAAAGAGAAACAAUCGUUCCGUUUAUUUGUUCGAUUUGCUCAUCUAUUCUAGUUUACUUGUUCAUCAGGAUUACGCAUUUGCCUCAAAGAUGAUCAGAAUCUCCCGAGCCUAUGGCCUCCCAUUCACGUUUAACCAAAUAUAUCCGUUCAUCAUGUUUCAUUAUUAUAGAAAUGAGUACAAGCAAGCUGAAUUGUGGUAUCGCGAACUAGUUAAACAUGGCGUGAGAUCUAAAGCUUCCCCCACGAAAAAUCUUUUCAAAAUUGCUCGUGAAUUGAACUGGGAUGUCACUGGUUUUGUAUACCGUAAAUUUGGUAUCUAUAGAAACUACAAGAAGCGGGAAGAAUUAGCAAAGCUUCAAAGAGACCCUGUAUUAUUUAUAGAAGACAGCCAAGUCGAAGAUGAAGUUACUGAAGAAUUAAUCGAUGUUCCAUCCAAUCAUCAUAACGAUUUCAAUUUUGGUGACGAAUUAUCUUCUAUUCUUCAUCAGGCUGAUCUUACAAAAGGAUUAUAA